UUUUGGAAGUUUUAGAGCCAUUCUAGUUUAACCGAUUUAACUAAAAUUCAAUUUGCUUGAACGUUCCCCAUCACGUUUAGAUUUCAAAGUGGGUCCAAAAUUGAAUCUCGCCACACACAUUUUCAUGUCCAAAAGACCCUAAUCACAGCCAUGGAUUGCCAAUUGGGAGUGAGGAAAUCUCACCUUAUCCACACUGUCACCACAAUUCCUUAUCCAACUCCAUCUCAGACGUCGUUCAUUUAUCAGAUUCCCUCAUAAUCCCAUUUCCCCAUUAACAACUCUCCACCAUUAAUCCUCCUCCUUCGAGCCUUCGGACUUGGAUUUUGUACAAAAGUUACAGAGAGUAAUGGCGACCAUGAAUUCCAGCGUCUUGGCCUGCAACUACGCCAUUUCAGGUGCUGGAUCCGCCGAGCUUAACUCGAAACUCAGCGCCGUGACUUCUGUUGCGUCGCCUGGGGUUUCUGGUUACAAGUUGCCUGCGAUUAGGGCUCGACAGGCUAGGGUUCCUGAAGCUAAGAAUGAAGGAAGGAGAACUGCGCUUCUCUUCCUUGGAGCUUCCCUCUUUGCUGCGGCUGCUGCUUCCUCCAACUCUUCGGCUAAUGCUGGAGUCAUUGAAGAGUACCUUGAGAAGAGUAAAGCUAACAAGGAGCUGAAUGACAAGAAAAGAUUAGCAACAAGUGGAGCAAACUUUGCAAGGGCAUACACUGUUCAGUUUGGAUCAUGCAAGUUCCCAGAGAACUUCACAGGGUGCCAAGAUCUUGCAAAACAAAAGAAAGUCCCAUUUAUCUCUGAUGAUUUGGAAUUGGAGUGUGAGGGGAAGGACAAGUACAAGUGUGGUUCCAAUGUCUUCUGGAAAUGGUGAAGAGAACAGAACAAUUUAUUGAAGUCUUUGUAUCUAAUUUUCAACUUUUAAGAAGUGUGAAAUUUUAUUUAGUCCAAUUCCAUUGCUUUCUUUCUUCUCUUUCAGACCAAAAGAAGCCAAAUGAGAAAGUAGAAACCCUAGAAAUCUAUUGCUUUA